AUGAUUAUACCGUCAUAUGAAGACACUACACCAGCUGGGACAUUAAGAAAUGUCACACAUUUUCUUCAUUUGAAUCAACUCGUGGUAGGAUUCAAAGCAUUCGACCAAGUACAACCGAUCGUAAUUAUCGGUAUUCAUGGAUGGCAACCAAAACUAGUACAACCAUUUGUAAAAUUAGAUUCGAGCCUAUUCUGCGGAAAAAUGGCUGAAGCAAUCCGUUUAAAACUGAAUUUAGGUCCAAAUGAAGGCAAGAUUACGAGUAUACCUUUGAAUGGAUACGGAACGGUUCUUGACCGACGAGAUACCUUCUUGAAGCAAAUACAAAGCAACCAAACGACAAGUGAUAAUAUCAAAAAGGCCAAAACAUUGUUUGUGGUCGGACAUUCGCAAGGUGUUCCCGUUGGUGCUCUUUUACUGCAGAAAUUGAUUGAAGUCGGGUUAGUCAAUCCCGAUCAACAACAGAUUUGUGCUUGUUUCAUGGCGGGAAUUUCGCAAGGGCCUGCUUCGAGACUUGAUGUUGGAGAAUACGUUUUUGAAGCAGUGGAUGAUAAGCAGUCAGCGGAAUUAUUUGAAUUUCAAACUUCUUCGUCAAAAUUAUCUCAGACAUAUCGUGACGCUACACUGAACAUUUUGAAGUGUGGAGUCAAGAUUGUAUAUUUUGCUUCUGGAAAUGAUGAAGGAGUUCCGCUUCAUUCGUCGUUAUACUCAAAUAUGAAUCAUCCGUCAAUUAAACGUGGAAUAUAUGUCGCCAAUUUUGUAUAUGAAGAAAAAAAAUUUAUAGCAGAUUUAGUAAGAGUUCUCCUCCGAAUCCGAAAUAAUAAUUAUUCCGAUCAUGGACUAUUGGUUCUCUUGAGCGAAUCUCUACUUGGAUACUUGAGCGACCGUGGGCACUCACACUUACACGAUGAGUCCGAACCUUAUCAAUACGCAGUUGAUCAUUUAAACCUAUCAAGAGAAUAUAAAGGCGUUGACGCGAAAUUCACCGAGUUUAAUUACAAAUUACCUGAGAAACCACGUAAAACCUACAUACCAUGGUCAAUGCGCGGUCUAUUAACCGACGAAAAAAUAAUAAUUGCCGAAAAACUUAUUUCCGAUUUCCAAAGCUUGCGACAAAGCUUCAAAUCUUGGUCGCCUAGUCCGUUGGAUUUGGUUGCAGUGGAAUUGAAGUCUGACUUGCAGCCGUUUGGAGACGAUACUGAGGAACAAUAUAUUGAGGUGUAUAAAGAGACGCAACCGAAGUUGUAA